AUACUAUAAUUUGUUUACGCUUCGUGUUCAAAGGCCUUCAGAAAAGCAGACGCACGAUAUAUUCACAGGGACUGGAGAACAAACCAACAUUUGGCAUGCCGUACGUGCCGCGGCGCUACGUGCUGGCCGCCGUCUUGGUGGUCGGCGAGCUGCUGAGCACCGUGUCGCUGGGCUGCCUCUCGCUGGCCGUCGUCGCGAUGGUCAGGCCCCAGAACAGCUCCUCGUCGGCGCAGGCCCACCGAUCGGGCGACGUCUGCAACCUCACCGCCGGCAACUCCAGCUCCUCCGGCGCCGGCAACAAGGUGCUCGCUGUCCGGGGUCUCUCAGCCAGCGGCGGUCCUAGAACCCGCUGUACCCUGGCCACUUGCGUUCCAUCCACAGCGGAGGUUCUGGGGCCGCGGUGUGCUGGGUCUGACAGCCAGCGGCGGCCCUAGAACCUGCAGUACUCUGGUCACUUGCAUUCCAUCCACGUCGAAGGUUCUGGGGCCACAGUGUACUGGGUCUGACAGCCAGCGGCGGCCCUAGAACCUGCAGUACUCUGGUCACUUGCGUUCCAUCCGCAGCAGAGGAUCUAGGGCCGCGGUGUACUGGGUCCGACAGCCAGCGGCGGACUUAGAACCCGCAGUACCCUGGCCACUUGCGUUCCAUCCACAGCGGAGGAUCUGGGGCCACGGUGUACUGGGUCUGACAGCUAGCGGCGGUCCUAGAACCUGCAGUACUCUGGUCACUUGCGUUCCAUCCACGUCGGAGGAUCUGGGGCCACAGUGUACUGGGUCUGACAGCCAGCGGCGGACCUAGAACCCGCAGUACUCUGGCCACUUGCGUUCCAUCCACAGCGGAGGAUCUGGGGCCACAGUGUACUGGGUCUGACAGCCAGCGGCGGCCCUAGAACCCGCAGUACUCUGGUCACUUGCGUUCCAUCCACAGCGGAGGAUCUGGGACCACGGUGUACUGGGUCCGACAGCCAGCGGCGGACUUAGAACCCGCAGUACCCUGGCCACUUGCGUUCCAUCCACGUCGGAGGAUCUGGGGCCACAGUGUACUGGGUCUGACAGCCAGCGGCGGACCUAGAACCCGCAGUACUCUGGCCACUUGCGUUCCAUCCACAGCGGAGGAUCUGGGACCACGGUGUACUGGGUCUGACACAUGGAGCUAAUAUACAGUAAUACAUCUGGAGAGGACAAGGGAAGGCCAGCAAAGGAUGCGAGGUGAAGCCGGGUAUCGGCGUUUGUUCCCUGCUUCCUACGCUGGAAGAAAACGAAAACGAGCCAAACUUGUCUCGCGCGGCGGAAAAAUCCUCCAAACUAAACUCGCAACAGCUCCGAAACUAUCAAAACAAUCAAACUGAAAAUUUUACUGGAUUAUCUGUAAACAUUCUUCCCCACACCGCUUUAAUAUUUUUUUCGAAACAUGAAUACUUUCAUUUUUAAAAAUUAAAUACCUAUUUACUGCCAAAUUUUUUUUGUGAAUACGCAGAGUAAAUUUCAACAUCGAGGAAAAAUUUUUGUUUGCAACUAUAGGUGGGGGACACCUGCGAAUGAAAUUAGGAAGAAGCUUCAAAUUUUAUUUAUAUACCACUCUAGACGCAUUCAACCCAAUACUUUUAUUUUUACAGAGAGUUGAAGUGGGAAUAAUGUUUCAGUGGGUAACACUACCGACAUAUGUCUUCGUAACGCACUUCUUUUUGUUAUUAUACUUCUCAAAUUUUAUAAUUUCAUACACAACGUUUAUAAAAAACGAAUUCUUACUUACUUCAUUUAAUCUAUUACAAAUGUCUUGUAAUAUACGUGUAUUAGUAGAAGUUAGAAGUCUUUUCAAUAUCAUGUUCAUGUUCCAGUCUACUUACUCAACCAAAGUAACGUGCAAACCUUAGCUUAACACUGGUAGAGAAUUGUUUGUAAUAACUGUAAUGCUAUGCAUAUACUGACAAUGUAAGAAACUUUCAAUUUUAUUAAUUGUUUGCAUAAGAAUUAAUAAUUUUAAAAAAUCAUAGAAUAGGCCUUUAUAGACUGAAAACCUUUCAUGUAGUUUCAAGUAGCGUACAUAAAAGUUUUUAAAUAUAUAUAAUUACCAAAUAUUGUUGAAUAUAUUUAACAUUUUUAUACAUGUUACAACACACAUAUAAUAACAAGCCUAUAUAGGAUAUAAAAAGACAGACGCCAAAUUUUAGCAUUUUGUAUUUCUUUUCUCUGUGUGAAUAAAAUAACAGUUCUUAACGUAGUUGCUAAUACAUACUGUACUAUAUUUCUAAAAAAAAAAUACGAAAACCCCUGACAUCGUCACCAUAACAAUGAUAAAUUUGCAAAAUAAUUAAGGCACGUCUUUUAAUGCUACGAAGCACACUCUUAAGAGAAAUGUUUUAAACUUAUGUUGGGAUUUAUCUAAUAUCUUAAAAGCAUUGUGAAACCGUUCCUUUGAGGGAAACCUUAAUAUA